GGAGCGGACCAGCGGAGCGAGUUGCGAGCGGGUCUCGAGCGGAAUCUCGAGCGGCACGUCGAGCAGUUCGAAUCCCGCUUCCCGCGACGACGUUCGAUUUCAUGCGCGCUCCUUCACGCUCGAAUUUCGAUCCCCGAUCAUGACACGCGGACGGACGAAGACGUGCAGGUGAAACGUGCCGCGCUUCCCGCCUGACUGUCCAGCAGAGAAGAAACGCGCGACAAAGUGCCACCGUGAAAAGGGAAGAGAAAUCAUCGAUAUAUUGGCCUAGAGCUUGCCGAGGGAUUUAAUUGGUGGUGAUAAAGUUUUGUGCAGAGAUUUUGUGGAAGGUUUAAAGCGCGUUUCCUGCUCAAUCAAGGUGAGAAGAGGAACGUGCGUGAAAAUCUGACGAGGGAUGAUUCAUCCUCCUUCUGUGUGUCAUGUAAUCCCUUAUGGGGGUACCAUCGUCCCAUGAAAUAAAGCUUUGUGUCAGAACAAAAGAUGUGGCACUUGACGUGUGUCGAUGACUUCUUGAACCGCGCGUUUUACAAACUUGGCCUCACUGUCGGUCGACAUCCCGGCUACUUCGUAAUCGUGCCAAUACUGAUGGCUUGCAUAUGCUUCACCGGCUAUCAAAGGAUAAACUACGAAAUCGAUCCGGAAUAUCUCUUCUCGCCCGUCAACGGCCCCAGUAAGACCGAACGAGCGAUAGUCGAGCAAUACUUCAAAGUCAAUUACAGCCAUCAAUUCAACGUCGGUCGUAUUACUCGACCAGGCCGAUUUGGUCAUGUAAUCGUGAUUCCUAAGGAUGGCGGGCAUAACAUGUUGAAGAGCUCGAUUUGGAAGGAACUAAUGGAACUCGAUCGGAUAAUUAAAAAUAUCAAAGCAAAAUAUGAGGACGAGGAAUUCACAUACAAUCAGAUUUGCGCACGAUGGCUCGAGGAGUGUUUCACCAACGAUAUUCUAAAUCUACAUCAAGUGAUAGACGAAGUGGAAAGGCGGAAGCUAAAUCUGACAUUUCCGAUAACGAUCAAUCCGGCCACCUGGGACGCUCAUUUGUUGCCGGUGUUCUUCGGUGGAAGUGUUCUCAAUGACGAUCUCACUGUAGAAUCGGUGCCUUCGAUACAGCUCGGCUACUUCAUCAAAGUCGAUAAUCCACAGCAAAAUGCGAUCGGUGCCGCUUGGGAGGAAGCUUUCCUAGAAGUCGUCGGCAAGGCCGAGGACGGAGGCGCGUUUAAGCACAUUAGCAUCGCAAGAUUCGCUUCGAGGACCCUCGAAUUGGAACUAGAGGCCAACACCAAGACAGUCGUGCCGUAUUUCAGCAGCACGUUCAUCAUAAUGGCCCUAUUCUCGAUCGUGACAUGCAUGAUGACCGAUUGGGUACGUAGCAAGCCUUGGCUCGGUCUUCUGGGCAAUCUCUCGGCCGCUAUGGCGACGGUCGCUGCAUUCGGAUUAUGCAUGUAUCUGGGGGUCGAUUUUAUCGGCCUGAAUCUCGCCGCACCGUUUCUCAUGAUAGGAAUAGGAAUCGACGAUACCUUUGUUAUGCUAGCGGCCUGGAGAAGGACGAGCAUUAGUAAACCGGUGCCAGAAAGGAUGGCGGCAACAUUGAGCGAAGCUGCCGUUUCCAUCACGAUUACAUCUUUAACGGAUAUGAUAUCCUUUUUUAUUGGCAUUUUAUCGCCUUUUCCUUCGGUUCAAAUUUUCUGCAUUUACUCAGGUUUUGCGGUAGUCUUCACUUUCCUAUUUCAUCUAACGUUCUUCAGCGGAUGCGUCGCGAUUAGCGGUUAUUGCGAACAAAAAAAUUUACACAGUGUUUUCUGCUACAAAGUGCAACCUUUAUCCAAAUCGACUCAUCGAUCGUGGUUGUACAGAAUGUUAUGUUCCGGCGGAAUUGAUCCUGACGACCCUCAGAAUCCAAUCGACAAUCCUGAACAUGGAUGCAUGACUUGGUUUCGUGAUUAUUUAGCUGCCGCGUUAAACUGUCGCCCCGUGAAAGUGAUUAUCAUCCUCAUUUUCGGGUGCUACCUUCUUGGUGGCAUUUACGGACUCACGACUCUUAAAGAGGGCCUCGAUCGACGCAAGCUCUCCAAAGAAGAUUCCUACUCGAUCACUUUCUAUGAUCGCGAGGACUUUUAUUUCCGGGAAUUUCCUUAUAGGAUACAAGUGGUGAUAUCCGGCGAAUAUGACUACAGCGAUCCAAUAAUUCAGGAACAAAUGGAGAAUUUAACUAGAAACCUCGAGGCGAGCAAAUACAUCAGCGCGCCGAUUUACACGGAGAGUUGGCUUCGAAGCUUCCUCGGUUACAUAUUACGCAACGAUGAUUAUUUGAACGUGACUAUCAAGGACAAACAUAACUUUACUAAAACCCUCAAAGAGCUCUGGUUGUUCCCGUCCAGUUCCUUCUCCCUAGAUGUCAAGUUUGACGAGACGGACGAAAACAUUGUGGCCAGCCGAUUUCUGAUACAGGCGGUGAAUGUGAGCGGCACGAAUCAGGAGAAGGAUAUGGUGAAGGAGCUGCGUCACAUUUGUGAUAUGUCGCCGUUAAACGCCAGCGUGUUUCAUCCGUAUUUCGUGUACUUUGAUCAAUACGAGCUGGUCCGGCCGACCACUAUCCAGUGCAUGACGUUCGGCGCCCUCAUUAUGAUGCUCGUCAGUUUCAUCUUCAUCCCCAAUGUUCUCUGUUGCCUAUGGGUAGCCUUCUGCAUCGUGUCCAUCGAGCUCGGGGUGACUGGCUACAUGGCGCUGUGGGAUGUUAAUCUCGAUAGCAUCUCCAUGAUCAAUCUGAUCAUGUGCCUCGGUUUCAGCGUCGACUUCACCGCGCACAUCUGCUACGCUUACAUGAGCUCAAAGCAAAGGCGGCCAGAGGAUCGGGUGAAGGAAAGCUUAUACAGUCUAGGUCUGCCAAUCGUUCAGGGCGCCGCGUCGACGAUACUCGGUUUGAUAGCGCUUCUGCUGGCUGGCACCUAUCUUUUCCUCGUCUUCUUCAAGAUGGUCUUCCUAGUGAUCUUUAUCGGCGCCUUGCACGGUAUGUUCCUGCUGCCUGUGUUGCUAUCCCUCUUCGGACCUGGCACCUGCAGCAGCGGACAGGAGAACGAGCCCGGAGAGGACGAGAACGCGAAGAACAGCACGCAGGAAAAAGAACUAGCAAGCAAGCUUCAGCAACCCUAUGUGAUUCCACAUCCUCAUCUAGUCUAUUACACGAGCGCUGUCAAACCGCUCCAGGACAGUCCUGCGACCAGCAUGGCGGCAUUCGAGGAGAGGGAUCCUGGCUUGGGUACCAGCGAGGAUAGCAACUCGACCGAGAGUGGCUCCUCGCAGAGCAGAAGACGUCAAUGCAAGCAGCAGGACCAGCAGCCGGAUCAACAAAAUCAGGUUCGCCACGACAUGUGGAGAAGAUCCAUCGGCGUCCUGUAUGGCCUGUCGCAGUUUCAAUCCAUGACCGAACCCGCGUAUCCGACGCCGGACUAUCCUGGAGCCCAGGUGCGAGAAACCGGCGAGGAAAACGGUUCACGAACGAUGCCUUAUCUAGGACCAUACACCGCGUCGCCGUACAUACAUCGUCUUCCGAAUCAGUUUUCGCGGGACUACAGACGCAGCAGAUCCUAUCACAAUCUGCAGUCGACGCGACAUGUAACGGAUCCCCGAUAUCCGUAGUAGAGAGUUGAGAUGAAUAGCGCGAAAGAAAGAUAUUGUCAGCGUGAUAAGCGAGACGAACAAAUCAUUCGAUUGAAUUUAGGCUUCUUCGCGAGCGGAAUGAUAGCGAUAAUUGAUUAAGGCAAACUGUUUUUUGCAAUUUUGCCGAAAAGAUUGACCGACGUUACGAAACCAUGACAAUGCGAGAGAAAGAAGAACGAAGGAAGAAUCUUUUUUGCAAGAUUAGAAUGCUCGAAUUACGAUUUAUAUUACUUUCAAGGGGCUGAAUUUCGAGAGUCAAAAUUUAACUCUCAAACAGCGACACAAUCGCACAAAUAGUAGCACCCGAGUACAUUCGGAUCUACAAUAAAAUAUAUUUUUUAUCUCGAAUAAAAUUUUUGUUGUUAAAGUUUGAU